GAGAGGCUGAAGCGGAAUAGGAGUGUGAGUUGGUUAGCAUGCAGUACCAUGAUGGAUACACAUUUCACGGCGCUGCAUAUCGGGUAACCAUAAGUUAAAUAUUCAGCAAGAGCACUGGGCAUAGCCUAUUAAUAGAAGCCGAGCGUUUGGCGCUCGCUCGCUCUCCCACAGGCAGGCAGCCGGAGGAUUUGAUUCUGCCUCUUUUCCCCCCGGGAGCAAGAGACGAGCCACAGCCCCUGGAAAGCCUCCGCCAGGUCACGGCGAGCUCACUUUUCUGAGCCCUCAGGAGCAACAUCUUCAGGAACAACUUCUUUAUUGUCUUUGACCUGGGUCCUGAUCUCACACAGAGACUCCAACAAUGUCUCAUUUCAACAAAACCGAGCAAGAUGACUGGAUGACUGUUUAUCUGAAGUAUCUCUUGUUUGUGUUUAAUUUCUUCUUCUGGGUGGGUGGUGCUGCAGUGAUGGCUGUUGGCAUAUGGACCCUAGUUGAAAAAAGCGACUAUCUGAAUAUCCUGGCAUCUAGUACAUUUGCCGUGUCUGCAUGCAUCCUGAUCUUUGCAGGAGGUCUUGUGAUGAUUACAGGUUUUCUGGGAUUCUGUGCAAUCAUCAGGGAACAAAGGAGCUGUCUUUCCGCAUAUUUCUCCAUGCUCCUUUUGAUCUUCCUUAUUGAGCUGGUUGCUGGAGUUCUUGCCUAUGUUUACUAUCAAAGGCUAAGCCAGGUGCUGAAACAGCACCUGACCCGGACCCUGACUGAGAAUUAUGCUCUUCCUGGGAAAACACACAUCACACAUUCCGUCGAUCGCCUGCAACAAGAGUUCAAGUGCUGUGGCAGCAAUAGCUCUGAUGAUUGGCAGCACAGUAUCUAUAUCCUGUCCGUAGAGUCCAGUGGCCGAGUGGUACCAGAUAGCUGCUGUAAAACAGUCACCUUCAAAUGUGGGAAGAGGGAUCAUCCAUCUAACAUUUACAAGGUGGAGGGAGGAUGCAUUACAAAACUGGAACAGUUCCUGGCAGAUCACCUUUUGAUAAUGGGAGCUGUUGGCAUAGGAGUAGCUUGCCUUCAGCUGCUUGGUGCAGGCCUGACCACCUGUUUUAUCUAUAUUCUCUAUAUGGAAGAGGAAGAAGAUGCGUAUUCUGUAAUGUGACUGGUUAGCCUUCUUUACCCCUACUAUGAGCUGUGGGAUGAUUUUUACCUGCUGUCUACACAGAAGAAUUAAAAUGAACUCCUACUGAAGACUAAAAGUCUCCGCUCUCUUUGCCUUAAUGCACAAUCUAGAGAAGCAGCAUUUCAACAUGUAUCAGUAUUACCUGUGCAUGCUUAAGGGGCCAUAUUUAUAGCCGCCUUCUCUGUUCAUGUUGAUAUGCCUUAAAUUGAGAUGAAUUUUAGCAAGGUCACUGCCUGGAACACUUUGCAAUCUACCUUGAAAUAAUUCUUAACUGAGAAGAGAAAAAAAUAUUUUCUAUUGUUUUUUGGACACGAUUUUUUAUUUUAAAGCGUUACUACUUUUACAAACCAUACUGCAUAAAGACAUUCUUUUGUAGCUCCACAAUCUGCAUCAUGCAGUAACAGGUUAUCCUCUACAUAGUCAUCCCAGAUAUUCUUAGUUUAACAGAAAUAUCUUCAUGACUGUAGGAUAAUGUAACUUGAGCAACUAGCUUUAUUUUUGGAAAUGGAGGGAUUUUUUGAUGUUUCAUAACAAUGUCAACUUUUUGCUUUUUAGUUUGUUUUUUUUUCCAGUCUGUGUCUGUCUCCCCCUCCCUCCAGGUCCAACUGAAGCUGCAUUGCAGUCACAGCACCUUUUGUGUCAGACAGGGGUUAAUAGACUGGCCCUGCUGCCAGAGCUGUACCAGGAAUAGCCCAGCAGAGGGUACUAGAUGAGUAGACUGGCUGCAUUUCAGCUAGAUUUGAUUUAGAAUAAUGGUUCUCAGACUGGGGGUCGGGACCCCAAAGUGGGGGCGCCAGGGCUGGCUUAGACUUUCUGGGGCUUGGGGCCGAAGCCCGAGCCCCAGCUCCCAGGGCUGAAGCUUGAGGGCUUCAGCCCUGGGUGGAGGGGCUCAGGUUAGAGCAGAGGUCUCAAACACGUGGGCCACAUUUCCUGCAGCCUGUGCUCCCCCACCCCGGCCCACCUCCAGGCCAGGGGUGAGCAAACUACAGCCUGCGGGCCGAAUCCGACCGGCGGGCUUGCCCCCUGCCGCUCCUUGAAGUGGCCGGCACAACGUCCCUGCGGCCCGGGGGGAGGGGCAGAGGGCUCCGUGCGUUGCCCUGGCUUCCAGGCACCGCCCCACGCAGCUCCCAUUGGCCAGGAACGGGGAACCGCAGCCAAUGGGAGCUUCGGGGGAGGUACCUGGAGGAGCAGCAAAAGCAGCGCACGGAGCCCUGUGCCCCCACCCACACCCCUCCCUCCCCUGGGCCGCAGAGACAUGGUUCCGGCUGCUGAGCGGAGCUGGCAGGCAGGGAGCUGCCAUCCCGGAGCCGCUCUAGGUAACCCCAAGUCCCUGCCCUGAGCCCCCUGCCUGCACCCCAACCCCCUGCCCGCACCCCAACCCUCUACCAUACCCCGCACUCCCUCCUGCACCCCAACCCCCUGCCCUGAGCCCCCUUCUGCACCCCCUGGGGGCAGAG